AUGAAAAUCAGUUAUAAUCAAUGGGACCGCAUAUUCAAACAUGCUUGGAUGAAUAUAACAAACAGAAAUACAGAUAUUGGAGAGACAGAAAAACAAAUAGUGCGUAUUCUAUCCAGCAGCAACCCAGACAGAAUAAGACUGGACUUUAAAGAAGUGACCAUCAUUAUUGAAAAAUGCAUUCAAUCUUUAAUACUUGCAUUGGAGGACAUGGAAACAGAAGAAUCAUUUUAUCUGGCAAAUAUUGUUUCCUUCAAUAUGAAAAUUAUUCUGCAAGAUAUAAUAGACUCUUCAAAGCUGAGCAGCAUAUGUGCUCUUCCUCCUAAUAGAAGAUAUUCAUACUUGGUAAAGACACUUUCCGAAAAAGUCAGUUACUUAGCUGAUUUAUGCUUAUACAACGGGAAAAUAUCUUCAAAUGAGCAUGCAUUGAAUAUACAUGGGCUAUUACUUGAGAAGGCAUCCAUACUAUAUGUAAAUACUCUGACUAUAUUUAAAAAAGCAUACUGGGAGGAUACUCUUGCUUUGCUGGAAAAUAAGUUUAAAAACUGCACGGAUUUUGAGAAUAUUCCAGCAGCUAAUGAAGAAGACUUUACAAAUGUGCUGCAGUGCAAAGUAACUGUGAUACAAAUGCUUAAUGAGCUGGAUGGAUACUGCAAGAGGAUAUGUACAAGCCCAAUUGAUGAGAACUCUCUUAGAAAGAAGUACUAUAUGGGGAAUAUUGCAAAGGUUAGGCUUCUUCUGCAGAGAUGGGAUGAUUUCCCCUUUAUAUCAGAGAACAUUAUGUUCUUGAAUAGCAUAGAGAUAAUGCAUGAAAUUCUGCCCAUUCUUCAGCAAAGAAAGCAGAAAAAUUCUUUCUCUGAGAGCAAAACUCUGCUUCAGUGGCUGUCCAGAUAUAAAGAAACUCUUCUAGGCGUACAAGGAAAUAUCCAUGCACAGAAACCCUUAGAAAGAGAACAAUCUAUUUCUAAUGAAGUGGCGAAUAGAGGCAGAAUAUCUUGUAUAAAUGACACACUGCAUGCAGUAAACUAUGCCUAUCAGGAGGUGCUUGGCGAGUACAAUAGAAAAAUAUGGAUUACUCUGAAAAAUGUGGCAUCUGUCCUUCUUGUGUGCUUUCUUGUAAUUUUUGGAGGAAGUGCUGCAUAUUGGACACUAACUUAUGGCAUAUGCAUAUAUGAUAUGCAGUAUGCGCUGUAUAUGCAUUUCAUGGAUAUGUACAUUGAAACAUUCACUUUAUUUGCAAGUGCUUUUGUAACUAAUUUUAUCCUGUGUGCAUACUAUUUCUAUGAAGUAGCACCAAAAGACAUCUACCUGUCUCUAGCUCUCUACUGUCUAGUUCUAAUAGGGUAUAUAUUGAUGUGCUUCCUUGUGGGCCUAGAGCCAUUGAAUUUACGCAUAUUCCAGAAUGCAGUGCGUGUGUGCGAUGUUUUAAUUGCCUUUUUAAUUAUUUCUUGCUCGAUUGUGCAUGCAUAUGCGAAUUGCGUAACUACAAAACAAAGUUCCAUUCGAAAAUACAGUAUAACUGGCAUCACACUUUUUGCUAUUUCUGCAAUGUUCUGUGUAUAUUAUGUGGCCUCACAGAAACAUAUGCAUACUCUAGUAUCUGUUAUAUAA